CUCUCUCUCCUCCUCUUCUUCCUCGUUCAACACAAACCAAUUUUUCUGACAUUUUUCUUCUCUGAUGGCGCUGACACAACACUGUUCCGUCUCAGCCACCUCCGCGGUUCGAUUGAGCUUCUCCUCCUCCGCAUCACCCCCGUUGCCGCCGACAAGGGUUUCUCUCAAUCUUCACCCGGAGAAGAAGGGUCAGAGUCAUUCCCGGAGAAUGAUAAGCAGAGCUAUGGUACAAGAGGCAGCUCAAGGCAUCCCUUCGGUUUACGCCAGAGAAAUGGAGCGUCUCUCCGCUAAAGAAUCGCUCAUUCUCGCCUUCAAUGAUGCUGGAGGGUUUGAGGCUUUAGUUACAGGGAAGAUCACUGAUUUUCAAAAGAUUGAUGUGAAUGAGAGGAUAACUACACUAGAGCGGCUUAACCCGACUCCUAGACCAACCACGUCUCCUUAUCUCGAAGGGAGAUGGAGUUUUGAGUGGUUUGGAUCCAACACUCCUGGUUCACUUGCCGCUCGGCUUAUAUUCGAGAGGUUUCCUUCUUCAUUUGUGAGUCUAUCAAGUAUGGACAUUGUCAUUAAAGAUGCUAGCACAAGGGCCACAGCUAACGUUAAGCUGCUAAACAUGAUAGAAAACAAAGUCAUCUUGACGUCGAAAUUGACAGUGGAAGGGCCUUUAAGGAUGAAGGAAGAGUAUCUAGAGGGAAUGCUAGAGUCGCCAACUGUUAUUGAAGAAGCAGUACCGGAACAGCUAAGAGGUUUACUUGGUCAAGCUACCACUACUUUGCAGCAGCUUCCUGAACCUGUUAAGGAUACUCUAGCCAAUGGUCUAAGGAUUCCACUUGGUGGAUCUUACCAGAGAUUCUUCAUGAUAUCUUAUCUAGACGACGAGAUUCUUAUUGUAAGAGAUACUUUGGGUGUGCCUGAAGUUCUAACGAGAGUUGAAACAUCGUCUUCAUCGAACGUUGUAGAGAAUCUUGAAUACAACAGUUAAAAUGAACAGCUCCUUAUUAUGUUCCUCUGUUUAUGUCUGUAAAUGUCAAACAAACUGAAUACAACUUACUAUAUCUCUCCGGACACAGAGAUAUUGUUUCGUUAUCCAUUAUUAACACUUUGAUAAACGAAAUUAAAUGUUACAUGUCCUCCUUCA